GCGAAAUGCAACUCUUCGUAGGCCUGCACAGUAGCCACUCUGCAAUCUUAAAAUUAGCUCAAGGAAGCAAUCUCAGCAACGUCUGGUGAACACGGACCGAAACGGUCUGCAUUGGUCCUCUAACGGACAUUCUUCUUCAUCGAGCGCCCAGCCUCCGUACUCCAACACAACACAUGCCGUACAUAGGCCACGCACAUCUGCUUCAAAAAACCCGAGGAAUUCGGGUAUCUGAUGACCACGCAUGGCCGCAAGCUGCGGAAGCUGAUAGAUGGCUGCUUCGUGUUGCAAGCGACCUCUUCCUUCUUCGUCCGAGCUGGUCGCCUCCGCAACCUCCUGACCUACCUCCAUACCUUGCACCCCGUGCCAUCGUACCGUAUUCUAUGCUGGCGCGACUCUGAGCGCCCUAAUGGCGCGCCGUUCAAGAGCCGCUUUGGCGUUGUGUCCCAGGGCGCGGGCGAAGUCGCGGUGCAGACGUGGAAGCCGACCGCGGUGGGUUGGGAGAAGAACGUGCAGGGCAAGCUGGGCCCGCGCGUGGCGGACUUGGCGCCCAUGAUGGAUCCGACGAGGUUGGUGGACCAGGCUGUGGAUCUCAAUCUGAAGCUGAUGCGAUGGCGCAUCCUGCCUGCGCUCGACCUUGAGAAGGUUGCGAAUACGCGGUGUCUCCUCCUGGGAGCGGGCACGCUCGGGUGCUAUGUGGCGCGCACGCUGAUGGGAUGGGGCGUUCGCAAGAUCACCUUCGUCGACUCUGCCCGCGUGUCGUUCUCGAACCCUGUCCGCCAACCGCUGUUCGAGUUCGAUGACUGCCUGAACGGCGGGAAGCCCAAGGCGGCAUGCGCUGCUGAGCGGCUGAAGAAGAUCUUCCCUGGCGUUAACUCCUCCGGCCACAACCUGAGCAUCCCCAUGCCGGGCCAUCCCAUCCCGCCCGCGUCCGUCGAGCAGGCGAAGAAGGACGUGGCGGCGCUCGAGAAGCUCAUGGACGAGCACGACGUCGUCUUCCUCCUCAUGGACUCGCGCGAGAGCCGGUGGCUCCCGACCGUGAUGGGCGCAGCCAAGGGCAAGGUCGUCAUGAACGCCGCGCUCGGGUUCGACACAUUCCUCGUCAUGCGCCACGGUGUGCGCGCGUCGCUCGCGAAGGGUGAUCGACUUGGCUGCUACUACUGCAACGACAUCGUUGCGCCUGCGGAUUCCUUGACGGAUCGGACCCUCGACCAGAUGUGCACCGUCACUCGACCGGGCCUCGCUUCGAUCGCCGCAUCCACCGCCGUCGAGCUGCUCGUCUCCCUCCUGCAGCACCCCGACGGCAUCAACGCGCCCGCCCCGCCGCCGCAGACUCAAGGGAGCGAGCCUCCGCAGGGCUCCGAAGGCGUGCUGGGCAUUGUCCCGCACCAGCUGCGCGGCUUCCUCGCGCAGUUCCGGAACAUGCCCAUCACUGGCGCUGCCUACGACAGGUGCACCGGGUGCAGCGAGACGGUCAUCAAGGCAUAUGAGACGCAGGGCUUCGAGAUGCUCCUCAAGGCAUUCAACGAGCAGAAAUUCCUCGAGGAGUUGACAGGGCUCGACAAGCUGUACGACGAAGGAGAGGCGGCGCUGGAGGCCGUCGGGUGGAACGAUGACGAGGGCGAAGACGACUUCUGACGGAUCCAAUGACGUGAUCAGAAGAGAUGAAUGAAGGAAUGUAUUGUUGUACUCAUACCCGUCGCAGUGUAACGUUGGCCUACAUGUAUGUUUGCUAUACCCUGUAUCGAUUGCUCAUACACGAGUGGUCGGUACGUCCCGGCUACUCUUCUCUAUUACC